AACCCUGCCCACUCGGCUCGGAGCCCAGAACGGCCGCGGAAGUCGGAGGCCGGAGCGCAGGGCGACCAGGGCACCGGGGGUGGGGGGCUCCUGCCUUACCCCUGUUGCCCCCCUACUCAGCAAAGUGAAGGCUGCUCGGACUUUCCAGGCAGAAGAAACCGAUCGAGACUGCCAGCCGCUCCGGGUCAAGGUCUAGCCUACCCCCACCUUCCCGUACCACCCCCACCCCAUCAUCACCAAGCGCUCCCAACUCACUGGUGAGCGCGGCGGGCCAGGGGCUGGAUGCGGGGACGGCCGCGAUGGCCCCGCGCGCGGGACAGCAGGGGCUCUGGAGCCCGUUGCCAGGGCUGCUGCUCGUGGCGGCGGCGCUGAGCCGGCCCGCCGCGCCCUGUCCCUUCCAGUGCUACUGCUUCGGUAGCCCUCGGCUGCUGUUGCGCUGCGCGUCGGGCGCGGAGCUCCGGCAGCCGCCGCGGGACGUGCCACCCGACGCGCGCAACCUCACCAUCGUGGGCGCCAACCUGACCGUGCUGCGCGCGGCCGCCUUCGCGGGAGGGGACGAGGAGGAGACGGACGGCGUGCGCCUGCCGUUCCUCACCGCGCUGCGCCUCACGCACAACAACAUCGAGGUGGUGGAGGACGGAGCCUUCGACGGGCUGCCCAGCCUGGCGGCGCUCGACCUGAGCCACAACCCGCUUCGCGCCCUGGGCGCCCGUGCCUUCCGCGGGCUGGCCGCGCUACGCUCGCUGCAGCUCAAUCACGCUCUGGCACGGGGCGGCCCCGGGAUGCUGGAUGCCCUGGACGCCGCGCUUGCCCCACUGGCCGAGCUGCGCCUGCUGGGCUUGGCGGGCAACGCGCUGAGUCGCCUGCCGCCUGCCGCGCUGCGCCUGCCUCGCCUGGAGCAGUUGGACGCGCGUGUCAAUGCGCUGGCCGGCCUGGGCCCCGACGAGCUGCGCGCGCUCGAGCGCGAUGGCGACCUGUCCCGGCCGCGCCUGCUGCUGGCGGACAACCCCAUGAGCUGCGGGUGCACCUCGCGCCCCCUGCUGGCCUGGCUACACAAUGCCACCGAGCGCGUGCCCGACGCGCGCCGCCUGCGCUGUGCCUCCCCGCGCGCGCUCUUGGAUAGGCCUCUGAUGGACCUGGAUGAGGCGCGACUGGGCUGCACCGACGACGAUGCUAACGAGCGCGGGGAAGAGGUGGACGUCGCCGGCCCGGAGCUAGAAGCCUCUUACGUCUUCUUCGGGCUGGUGCUGGCGCUCAUCGGCCUCAUCUUCCUCAUGGUGCUCUAUCUAAACCGCCGUGGCAUCCAGCGCUGGAUGCGCAACUUGCGCGAGGCCUGCAGGGACCAGAUGGAGGGCUACCACUAUCGCUACGAGCAGGAUGCAGACCCGCGCCGCGCGCCCGCUCCGGCUGCCCCCGCCGGCUCCCGGGCCACUUCCCCUGGCUCGGGUCUUUGAGCCUCACCUCCCUAAUGGGAGGCUGCCCCUGUCAGCUGAUGACUUUACUGGGGCCACCCAGCCUUCCCCUGCCUGGCCUGAGCCCUGGAGAUGACACACCAAUGAGUUUGGAUCUCCGAGACCUUUGGAUCAAUCCUAGCAGCUCUCCCAUCCCGAAGCUCCAAAGUGUACUCUUUUCCCCUGGCCCAAGAGCUUCCAGGUCAAAAACCCAGAGAUGCCCCCAUCUGUUUCCAGAAACGAAUCCUUCCUGUUCAUCCUUCCCGGACCACUGAAAUCCCUUCUCCCUAUCUCGGCUUACCCAAAGACCCUGCUCUUCCAUUUUGAAAUCUCUAGCACUUUCUCCACCACUCUACAUGCUUUGAGCCAGACACUUGGCCAGACUGCACUGAUCCCUGGCCCCAGUUAGGAGCCCUCAGUCCCUUUCUCAUAGCUCAGGGGGUCUAUAUCCCUUCUGGUCUUAUCGGAAGGUUUUUGUGGAGUUUGAACCUUUUGUCCCACCCCAAAAUUCUGAGCCCUCCAUCUGGUAAGCCACAUCCGGAGGCUCUGUGGCUUAAGUGGCCGCUCCUAAUCUGACGUGCUUCCUAUCCUGGUUCAGGCUCCUCCAUUCCUUGGCCCUGGCUGGGUCUCAGCUCCCAGCCCCGUCUCUCUCAAGCCUUGGUAUAGAAUCCAUCCAGAGCCUUUCCACGGGGCUCUGAUGUCCCAACGCUCAGUCUUUGUCCUCAGUCUCAAACUCAGCUCUUCACCUCAGUCACUUUCAGGCCCUGGCCCAAGUCCUAGGCUCUCAGUUCCCUGGACACCCACCACUGGCACUUUUACCUGCCCCUGCCAUUCACGGGUCAGGGUCCAGAGAGGAAUCUCCCCAUGGUGGAGUGCUAGCUACCCACUGCCCUCGGAGGAGGCGUUCUCCCAUCCUGUAGGCAGACCCUAGUGAGAAAGAGAGCAUGUGAGGUGCGCAGGGCCUCCAAACCGGGGUUGCUGGUCCAUCUGGGAGAGGCUGGGAACCGCUGCCCAUCCCAUUCAUCUGUGUUCUCUCCCACCCAUGUGGUCCUCCCCUGGGAACUCCUUGCUACCACCUCUCAUGCCUUCUGGAGGAGGACAGAGUCUGACCUCUUGUCUCAGUCGAAGGCCUUCCUGCUCAAGGUCAUGGCCUCAGCGCCCUGCCUUCUGCAUGAUCCCAAAGCACAAUGGUGAGUGAGAAGGGACUGCCUCCCUGCCUCUCACCCUAUAUCAGGCAGAAUGGCAGGCCCCGCAGGCCUGCACAGGAAGUUUUCCUCCUCUGUGUAUUGGCUUGAGGCCCGACUUCCCACCCUCAACUGAGAAAUCUGGACCUCCCUUGGGCUGUUUUCUAAAGUCUGCAAUAAUCUCCGAUACUCUCUGCGCUUGUAAGUGGUGCUGUGUUUUUCCUACUGACCUUGGGGCGCUGGUGGGAGCGAGAGGUGACGAGGGCAUUUGGGGCAAUGGCCUUUAUGUGCUCUCUGGGGAUGUGGGGAAAGAAAUGGGCUGUGAACACACAGAGCAAGAUUGAGGCUAAACACAUGGAGGGGCUUUCCACCACUCUCUCGAACAGCCUGCUUUUUGAUGGUCUCAAAUGGGCUUAUCCACUGCCAGCAUGGGAUUCUAGGCUUCCUUUACACUCCCUAUCCCUUGUUUGGGGUGGGGUCUGCAAGGAAAUAUGUUUAGACUGACUGACCUCGCCUCAGAUGAGCCUCUAGGGAAGGAGACUAGCUAUAGAGGGGAGGCAGUUUACUGGGACAAAAUUGUCUGAGGGGGCCAUUGGCUGCUCCAGGUCCAUCUGCUUGCUAGCACCUCCUGUGUCCGGCUAUUUCAUUUUAGCUAGAGGAGUUGAACCCGACCGAGCACUGGGUGUGCAAAAGGCAGAGGAACUGCAGCCUGGAGAGAGUAGAGCAAAGUGACCCCCUUAAUAAAGGUCGAUUUGGGAGGCGGGUAGGCCCCAGGCUGGAGGAAGGUGGAGGAAGGGGCUCAUACUUCAGUAUUUCUAGAAUAGUUUACUUAUGAUCUCCAAGCCCUAAAACCAUGAGGCAGGAAUCUAGAGCUCCAGCAUAUAUUUUAGAAGUUUAGAGCCACAUGUUUCUAGAAUGUGUGGCUUCUAAACAUUGAAAAGGCGAUCCAAGUGCCACAGGAAGCCUCCAUUGUCUUUAGUGGGACACGGUGCACAGUCUCCUUGCCUUCCCCUAGUGGAUGCUAUAUCUGUUCCCCCAGCCAUUUUCCAUGAACAUCUGUCAGUGACCUUCAGUGUGUGCCCUAAGCAUCCUCUAGAAAAGAAUAGUGAUGUUCUUAUGUGGGUUAGGAAACCACCUCUCAACAGAUCACCUCAGUGCUAAAAGUGUGCCCUCUGAUGACUGCAGUCAACCCUAGCAAAUAAAAUGUGCUGUUGACUGCGGCUCAUUGUCAGCAAACAAAGGAACCUUCUGCGGUAGUACCACUUUGGAUAUCUACUAAGCCCUAAGAACUUAGAUUCCCUGAGUCAUGAAAUAGCAGCAGAUAUUUGGAAGAUCAAUUAAGAUCUACUAUAUAUGAGGCAAGAUUUUGCCUUUAUGUCUUUUAUGGACUCCAUCAGAAGCCAGCUCUGGUCUGCUAUGAGGUAGUGAUCUGCCAGCCCACAUCCCCAGCCUUCCUCCUCGACAGAUCUAGCCACACAUUUCGCCUAUACUGAAUACAGCUCUGCCAGUCCUAAGGAGGCUAAUGACCCAGAGGCCCUGACCCAGCCUUAAAGGACUUUGUAGAUGAAGUAGCAUUUGAGCUGAAUUGGAGUUUAUUCUGUUUUGGUUUUUCAGUGCUAGAGGGUUAAAUCCAGAUCCUUGCACAUGCUGGGCAAUUACUGUACCACUGAGCUAUAACCCAUAAACCACUGGUUUGUGUUUCCUUUGGUUGGUUUUGAUACAGGGUCUUGCUUUGUAGCCAAAACUGGCCUUGGACUUAAGACCCUCCGGUCUGAGCCUCCUUAGUGCUAAGACUCCAGGAAUGAGCCACCUUGACUCCCUGAUAGCAACCACUCAGUCCAUAGAAGUGCUAAAAAUGAGAGGUGGGCAGAGGUCCAGAGGAUAGGGACACCAGGGACAGAGUGACAGAGAAGAAGCUUUCUCUGGGAUGUCCCUUACAGAGCAGGUAGGGCAGUGAGCAGGGGAGAGAGGGAAAGUGUGGUUGUAACUGAGAGUGUGGUAGACAUGAACCCACUGCACACUUGGAGACACAGGCAGACUUCCCAGGCUGCUGUGACCCAUAAGCAAUUUAAAAUUGCCAUCCAUUCACAAACUUCUCUGGGAGAAGCCUCUUGUGUCAGUGACCCUGAGCUUCCCCAUGCCCUCAGAGCUGGAGUGAGAGCCAGUGAGGGCCUGGCUUGAGCCUGAGGACUGAGUUUGAAUCUAAGCACCCCUCUUUCCGGGUCACUUGAAUCCUUGGAUCAAAAUAUCAGGUGAGUCCUUCUUGUGCAUUGGAGAAUGCUGCCGAGCAGGUCUCUCUCUUCCUAGCCCAGGCUGGCACUGUCCCCCAGAAUCCCUUGCUUCUCUGCAGCUCUGCCUUGCUUCCAUUCAGGCUGUGACCUCUGCAGACACUGCCUCCCACCGAAGCCCAUCUCCAUCUUCAUUAUGUCAGCCUGGCAGAUGCUUGGCCCUAAUUUACAAGCACGGCCUUUCCUAGGCUGAGGGAAGUGAGUAGGGCACUUAAUAUUGCUGUGCUCAUGCACAUGGCCACCUUCUGAACCCCUCCUUCCCAACCUCACCCCACCCUGUGGAAUGCUUCCCUCAGCAUCCUACAGGGGCAGCUUUUCCAGGGUUUGUAGACAGAGGUCGCUCAACACCCUCUUCCUUGGAUGCCUGUGGAAGCCAAAGCUCAGAGGAGCCCCUUCAGGUCAAAAAGAGGCCAGAAUGCCUGUCUCCAAGGCUGGUCUGCCCUGAGUCUGAGUACCUGGUAGGCCCAUCACCUCCAAACUCAGCAUCUUUUUAUUCCUGUGGUACUGCUUCCAGAAGUCAGGAUGAACCAUAAGAACCUAAAGAGGAAAAAAGAAAGCCCACAGUGGGAUAGGGGUGGAGGGGCACCAUCAGCUGCUUCAAACAGUUUGAAGGAGUCCUUUUCUGGCUUCUUGGAGGCAGUGGGUGUGCUGGGAGCCAUGUCUGCUGUGAGGGGAGCAGGGGUCUGGUUCUGGAUGCCUGAGCUCAAGGCCCAACUUUCAACCCACCUUUCUUCCUCCUGCAUUGGCUUUGGUGAGCACCUGAAGAGCACAGGGCUCACAAGCAAGAACCAGUUCUCACUGCUGUCCUGGGUCCAGAUGGUGCCAUACAAGGUCAUGUGAAUGUGGCCAUACAAGCACAGGCUGUCAGGGAAGUCCCUGAGUUGACCACUCAAACUAGGAAACUUUGAUAUAAAAAGACUCACUAUCAAUAAUCACAUGGGGAGAUUCUUAAAAAAUAAUAGUACAGGGUU